UCUUUAAGCCGUUGCUAUGGAGAUGCAUUCGGCUUGUCUAUGCGUCAUCAGUCGGCGUGUUUACCGAGGGCCGGAGAGUUGAACGGAAAAAAAAUCAACUGUAUUGAAAACGCAUUAAAACGACAGUUAACAGCUAUAAGCAGCUUGAUGAACACUUUGCACAAUUACUGUAAGAAAUCCACAGAGCAUUCACUGCCAUCAUGUGUGAGGGACCUUCUAUGAUCUCUGGGCCCAUUCCACCAGACCCCUCCCUCUUCCCCGAGUACUACAAACGACCUGUCUCCGCCCGGGGUCGCCUGGAAGGGAAUUCUCAGAGUGGAUCUUUAGCCCUGCUGAAUGGGCCUUUAGCUCCAGACCCAGCUUUGUACCCAAGCUACUACAGUGCCCGUGCUCCUCGUCCUCCUCGCAUUGGCCCCAAUGCCACACACAUCCUGGAAAGAAGCCAGAGAGGCGAGGUGGGGGCCAUCCUUAAACUGGAGGGUAUCUCCUUGACACCCAACCCUGUAAAACAUAAACCUGCAGUGCAUGAUUAUGGGAAAGAGAAUGUCCGCAGGCUGCGGGAGAUCCAGAGACGGUUCCGUGAGCAGGAGGCACAGAAAGAGCAUGCAAAGCCAGUUCCUGUUAAAGCUCUGUGGAGCUCUCCCAAAUACCAGGAUAUCUCCUCGAGGGUCAUGGCCCAGUUACAAGAGAAAACACCUCCAAAGAGGCCAGAAUGUCAGAACUUCCUAAGAGCCCACUCUGUCUGUGGGGCUGGUGGUCGACCUCAGCCUCAUCGACCUCUUUCAGCCCCAGCAUCCCCUUCUGAAAACAACCCGAACCCUCAGACAUCAGACUCCGAUUCAGAGAUCCAGGUGAGAGGACACUAUGUGGACUUUGUGAGGCAUAAUGCACGUGCAGCAGCAAAGACGACUCUGAGACGCUCUCAGUCCCUACAGAACCUGCAAAACAAACAGCCUCCAAGCGCAGUGAAGGGUCGUGUGCCACAGUAUCUGGAGGACAGAAAGGUGCAAUGGCGAAAAGAAGAGGAGGAGAGGAAGAGGAACACUCCUGACCCUUCUGUACCUGCUGGGCACACUCAGAUGUCAGAUAGAGAGAGGCAGGAAACUCUGAAGUCGCUCAAAGACACACACAGGUCUCUGGUGAGUGAACUGCUCUCCCUCCCAGUCAGAGCUGACACAGUCAGCAUGCGUUCCCGCCGCACGGACCUUGACCGACGGCUCUCUGAAGUUGAGGAGGGCAUCAAGAUAUUCUCCCGUGAUAAAGUCUAUGUGAAAAAUGACUCAUGAACCAUCAUCAAUCUAAACAGCACAUUCAGUGUUUGCUCACCCAUCAUGUCCCUCAAGCAGGCUGCAUGUUUGGGUUCACAGUUCUGGAUCCAUCACAAAUACUUACUACAAACACUUAAGAUCAGCAGUCACUUGCAUAAAACAACUUACAUGAUUUUUACCUAAUGUAAGCUUCAUAAAAUCUCUUCAGAGGAAAGAUUCAAACGAUUCAAAAGUAAAAAAGAUUCAGUGUUUUAUACUUAAAAAGUUAGUAACCGGAUUGCCUUUUGAUUUCAUUGAAUUUCAAAUAAUAAGUAAACAGAAUGUAAAACACUGAUUGUUGUUCUGUGGUCUUAGUCUUAGAAUUUUUUACAGCUUAAUUGUAGAUUGUGUUUUAUAUCCUAGGUUGAAGUUUUAGCACUUAAGUUUUAUUUAAAUAUGCAACAUAUCCCUGUGUGAACACCAUGAAAAUCGUAAUCGCAGCACAAGUCAAAUUGUUAGUUAGUAAACACCCUAUUUUGCAUUUUGUGAUAUAGUGUGUUAAAUUAAUUGUGGGAGAUCUUUAUGAUGAAGUCUUCUUCAUGAUCUUCGGUACAUAUCAUUAUUCAAAAAAAAGUCAUUUUACAGUAUGCAUGUUUAUUUUCUUAAGUGUUGGCAAUGUGCCGUAUCUAAGCCUUCAACAUUUAUCACAGGUGGUUCAAUUUAACGAGGCUCUGCCUUUGUCCAGAAUCACUGUGCCUUUUAGCACCGGUGAGAGGGGCGUUUUUUAAACAAUAUUUCAUUCCUACUGUGCCUCGUUAUUCUAGAGGAAGUCAAGAUUCGUUGUUUAAACGCAGCUGUAAUGGUGAAACAGAAACCUUAAAACUGUCCAUCCUGUAUUGCACUGAUUUUGAUAUGACAAAGUGAUGUGGAUGUGUUGAGUUGUGAAUAAAACUGCACUGGUAAUAAUAACUGCUGCUGCUACUGCUGAUAAUGAUGAUGAUGUUGUUGAUGAUUAUUAUCAGUAUUAUUGUCUGUGAUGAUGCACAUUCAUUUCUGUUGGUAUCACAGUACACAAUUACUGCCUUGGAAUUAAUGUGAUCUGUCAGAGUUGGUAAAUAAAUAUCUCAGAUUAA